CAGUCCCGGGGUCGCCCAGCCGGUCGGACCGGCCUCCACAACGCGCGCGGGGCGCCGGGCUGGGCGACCGGAGGGGUGCAGGGAAGGGAGCCUCCAGGAGCCGGCUUGGGCGGGAAGAGGAGCGCAGACCGAGGAGGAGAGGGAUGGUAGAGAGACCCCGCUGAGGCCAGCGGGGUACACUGGCUGGGAUCAACAUGUGUCUGCGCAUAGGUGGCCUGAAUGUGGAUGAGUUCCGGAAGUUGCUGAUGAAGACGGGUCUGGUGCUGGUAGUGCUGGGUCACGUGAGCUUCAUCGCGGCCGCCGUGCUCCAUGGCACCAUGCUGCGCUUCGUAGCCACCACCAGGGACGCCGUGGUUCUACAAUACUGUGUGGUAGACAUCCUUUCCGUCACCUCUGCCAUUGUGGUCAUCCUUGCGGGAAUUUCGGCUGUCGUCUUGUCACGCUAUCUCCCCAGCACCCCCUUGCGCUGGACCGUGUUUAGCCUGAGUGUGGCCUGUGCUCUUCUCUCUCUGACCUGUGCCCUUGGACUCCUGGCCUCCAUUGCUGUGACCUUCGCCACCAAGGGCAGGGCACUCCUGGCCCCCUGUACUUUUGAGAACGCUGAACUCCCAACACUGUCACCCGACUGUCCUUUUGACCCUACUCGAAUUUACAGCUCUAGCCUGUGCCUCUGGGCCAUCUCUCUCAUAUUCUGUCUGGCGGAAAGCAUGUCUGCUGUGCGCUGCGCCCAGCUCGUGCAUCGGCUGCUGGAACUGAGGCCCUGGUGGGGGAAAAGCUGCCACCAUACGAUACAAGCAAGCCCAGAGCCCCUGGAUGGCCAUGACCUACUGAGUUGCACCAGCUGACCCCUGACACCUCAGCAGCUCCAUGGCUACUGAGGCAUGUGACCACACCUGCCCUGACCAGUGCCCAGACAGCGAUGGAAGCUCAAGGAAGCUCACGGAAGCUCACCGGAUCCAGGAUUCCUACAGCAAGCCCCAGAAAGAUCAAAGGGCUCCUGGGGACGUGGGAGAGGGCUUGGAACGCCCUCCCCUGGCCACCACGACCAAUGCACUGAAACAAGACUUUAUUUUGAAGUUAUUAAAAAGAACAAAGACGCUCCGUGUGGCGCAUGCAGAGGGACAUGGGGCUUGGCCAGGGGCCUGCACUUCUUUCCCACACAGAACGCUGUGGAGGGGCUCUGCUCAUCUGUCUGCGGGCCUCUGUGUGCGCGCGUGCAUGUGUGCGUGUGUGUGUUGCGCGCGCAUGUGUGUGUUGCGCGUGCAUGUGCGCGCGCGCCCGUGCGUGUGUGAGGUGGGGGAAGGAGAGAGAAAUACAGAGUACAGACGGGGUAAAUCUGUGGUUAUCCAAGUGCAAAGAGGCAGGCUGGGUUUGGGGACCCCCCAGUUGGAAUCCUGGGAGAUCUUCUUUUUACCAUGGCCUCCAGCCAGCAAGAGCUGGGACAGGAAGUGUUCUUCUGCAGGGAAGUAGAUCAGGGAACUUCUUCAAAGUCCCACAGCCCAGUAAUCCUCCGGGUCUCCCCACCAAACAAA